AAUAGCACCUCCUCCUGUUCAGCACCCAAAGUCGAAGGAUAGCUCUGGCCUUUCAAUGGAGGAAAGUGCGAGAUUUGUCCGUGUUAUCUAAUAUAACAUUUCUCUGUGCCCAUAUUUGUUUUGGAGCGAUCGGAAUAGUUUAUGCUGAGGUGAAUGACAAAAGUGGUGUCAAAAAUGCGUAAGAAUCAAUGCUAUCCAAGCAGGGAACCACCGAGAAAGGAAUUAUCGCCGCUCAUCUGAGGCCAAUCUCGAUUAUUUUUUUGUCAAAUAAGGAAACAUAACAAGGUAGCUAGCAAGCUAACGUUAGCUUAGUGGAGAGCUAGAUUGUAUAAUCUCCCAGCAUCCGAAUACAGCCCAAGGACCGAGAUUGGAUCCACGCCGUGAAAAACCAACCAACAGGAAAACCUGUAAGCAGCCAUGGGUGCGUUCCUAGACAAGCCGAAGACGGAGAAGCAUAGUGCCCACGGCGAGGGCAACGGCUUGCGCUACGGCCUGAGCUCCAUGCAGGGCUGGCGGGUCGAGAUGGAGGACGCCCACACGGCCGUGGUGGGCCUGCCGCACGGACUCACCGACUGGUCCUUCUUCGCCGUGUACGACGGGCACGCCGGCUCCCGCGUGGCCAACUACUGCUCGGGCCACCUGCUGGAGCACAUCCUCUCGGGCGGCGGCGGCGCCGACUUCGGCUCGGGCAGCGCGGCGGCGGUGGAGGGCGUGAAGGACGGCAUCCGCUCGGGCUUCCUGAAGAUCGACGAGUACAUGCGCAGCUUCUCGGACCUGCGGCAGGGCCUGGACCGCAGCGGGUCCACGGCGGUGGGCGUGCUGCUCAGCCCCACGCACCUCUACUUCAUCAACUGCGGCGACUCGCGAGCCGUGCUGUGCCGCGGCGGCCGGGUGGGCUUCUCCACGCAAGACCACAAGCCGUGCAACCCGCGUGAGAAGGAGCGCAUCCAGAACGCCGGCGGCUCGGUCAUGAUCCAGCGGGUGAACGGCUCGCUGGCGGUGUCGCGGGCGCUGGGCGACUACGACUACAAGUGCGUGGACGGCAAGGGGCCAACGGAGCAGUUGGUCAGCCCCGAGCCGGAGGUGUGCGUGAUGGAGCGGGCGGCAGAGGGCGACGAGUUUGUGGUGCUGGCGUGCGACGGCAUCUGGGACGUCAUGACCAACGAGGAGCUGUGCGAGUUUGUGCGCUCGCGGCUACAGGUGUGCGAGGACCUGGAGAAGGUCUGCAACGCCGUGGUGGACACCUGCCUGCACAAGGGGAGCAGGGACAACAUGAGCGUGGUGCUGGUGAGCCUACCGGGCGCGCCCAAGGUGACCGAAGAGGCCCUGAAGAAGGAGGAGGACCUGGACAAAUACUUGGAGUCGCGGGUUGAGGAGCUGCUGGGACGCUUCGGGGACGAGGGGGUCCCCGACCUGGUGUCUGUUCUGCGGAGCAUCGCCACGGAGACCGUGCCCAACCUCCCACCUGGUGGAGGCCUGGCCAGCAAACGGAGUGUAAUCGAGGCCAUGUACAACAGGCUGAACCCACACAGGGAAGAGGAAGGGGCCUCUGCGGGCCGAGGCAGUGCUGGAGAGGAGGAGUUGGAGGAAGAGGAGGAGAGUGCGGAGGGUGGAGGAAGAGGAGGAGGAGGAGGAGGAGGAGGAGGAGGCGGCGGCGGUGGCGCUGGCGCUGGAGGUGGCACGGCGGCCCACCUGCUGGAGGCCCUGCGGCAGUUCCGCCUGCACCACCGGGGGCAGUACCGCGCCGUUCUCGAGGAGUCCCUGUCCUCCUACCUCGUGCAGGGAGAAGACUCUGGCUCGGGCCCCGGGGCCCCCAAGGAGGGACAGUCUUUGGACGCAGCACGUCAGCGAGACCCGGCUGCCUCCCCUCCCUCCCUCCCCUCGCCCCCGCCCUCCCCCGCCUCCCCCGAGGCCGGCCCAGACGCCACCGGCCCGCCAAGCUUUCCCUCUGUCUGACCCCUCCGCUCGCCCUGCCGCCACCGCUCCUUCCUGCUCUUGAACAACCCUGUGCCACCCACUCCCCCCCCCCCCCCCCCCCGUACCCUGUCACGACGACCUCCUGACCACGGGGCCACACUGCCCUCUCCUCUUCCUCCUCCUCCUCUUCCUCCUGCCAUCCUUAGCGCGGCUGACUCCCCUCCGGGCAGAAGCAAAGCCGGUCCGUCGUCCUCUGGCCGCUCCGUCCUCUCCCCCCCCCCCCCCCCCGCCGGGCUUUGAAUCACCUCUAGCCCUCUACCGCUUCAAUAUACUAACCGCCACCGCGCAAAACCCUGCCCAAUCCUGCCUUCCUCCCCACGAACCGCACCACCACCACCACCACAGAACAGCAGCAGCAGCCGUAUCAGACAGUAGGGCCCAGACGCACCACCACCACCACCACCACAGAACAGCAGCAGCAGCCGUAUCAGACAGUAGGGCCCAGACGGUGGCGGGGAGGGGGGAGGGGGGGGGGGGGAGAAAGAGACUCAGCCUUCAGUUCGCCGCUGUGCUGCUGUCAGACGUCCUCCCAAGCAUGGGCUUGAAUGUGCGCCUGUGUACGUCUGUGGCUGUCUGCGUGGAGAGCGGUGUGGGGGAGAAGGGAGGGGGGGGGGGGGGACGGACGGACGGACAGUGUGGGAACUUCUGGUAGCAAAAGCGCAAAAACCAACCAAACCAUGUGAUUUGUAUUUUCUAGUCCAGGCUACGUUGAGGACUGUACUUUCACAUCAUCCACUCCCCACCUCUAUAGUGUUCCCCCGCAUAUAAGUAUAUCUCCCACAUCUCUCCCCCCCCCCCCCCCCCCCCUAGCCUUUAUACGAACCCUUUCACAAUACUACAGGAUAUUUUAAACCAGACGGAAUACCUCUUCUUAGGAGUCUUGUUAGUGCUUUCUUUCUUGUUCUUCGAUUUCUUUUCUUUUUUUAAAACAAAGGCUCACAUGUUACCUGUCAGCUGGGGUCUGCUUACUAGUGUCAUAUAGAUUGUAUAAUGCACUAAUACUGACAACACGAACCACGGCGAUGCACAAAUGAUGAAUUGCUGUACCAGCCGUGGAGAAAAAGCUCCUGAAGUCAGAAUUUGGGUACAGACAGACUUCAGACAAGAAAAUGUAAAAAAUAAAUAAAUUGUAAUGGUAGGGAGGAAGGUUGUGGAGUAUGGCCUCUAUUAAUGCCCCCUACCUGCUAGAAUUGGAAAUGCAUACACUUGCAAUUACUUCUAAUCGAUCUAAAGCUUCACUGUACGUGGACCAGUAUACGAAUAAAAGCUCUUCGUACGUGUGUCUGUCUGAUUCUAAAUGUUUGUGUGCUGUUGUUUUGGGGCCAAGAGCCAAACGAGAUCAGAUUCCUCCCACGUAAAAGCGAGCUAACAAAUGAAUAAGAUUUUUUGGACGAAACAAAUAAUGUAAUAAAAGAACCAUUGUUUCACG